CUCCCUUUGUUUCAUAAAGUAAUAAUAUGGAAAAACUUAGAAGCGUCAUCUCUAAAGAUGCCGCUCUUGACACUGUCGAGAGCAAGAGACUUGACGCGGGUGAAUACGACGCUGCUGUUCUCAGUGUUGUUAAAUCUCAGGAAUUUGACCCUGUCACCUCUCACUUAGAAAAGGACAUCCUUGAAGAUGAAUAUACUGCUAUUACCGUGGAAGAUGACUCUCCUUAUGCUGAAGUGAGAGCUUCCGUCCCAUCUACUGAUGAUUUUGACCUUCCUCAAAACACCAUCAGAAUGUGGGUCAUUGGUAUGCUUUUAACCAUGAUUGGUUGUGGUAUGAACACCCUUUUCUCUCUUCAUUCCCCAUCAUUCUCCAUUACUAUGUACGUCACAUCCAUUUUGGCCUGGCCUUUGGGUAGAUUCUGGGCUUGGUGUGUACCAAAUGUUAGCAUUUUUGGUAUGCCAUUGAACCCUGGUCCAUUCAACUUGAAAGAACAUGCCCUUAUCUCCAUUAUGGCAAACGUCAACUUUGCUGGUGGUACCGCUUAUGCUACCGAUAUCCUUUUAUCUCAAAAUAAGUUUUACCUCCAAGAUUACGGUUGGGGUUUCGACAUUUUACUUAUUCUUUCGACCCAAUGUAUUGGUUUCGGUUUGGCUGGUAUUACCAAGAAGGUCCUUGUUGAAUCUCCAUCUAUGAUUUGGCCUCAAAACUUGGUUGCUACCACUUUCUUAACCAACAUGCAUGUUAAUGAAAAUCACCCAGCUAACGGUUGGAGAAUUUCAAGACUUCUCUUUUUCUUGUUUGUUUUCAUUGGUUCAUUCGUUUGGUACUGGUUCCCAGGUUACCUUUUCCAAGCCUUAUCCUACUUCUCUUGGAUUACUUGGAUUGCUCCAAAGAAUGUCAUUGUUAACCAAAUUUUCGGUGCUCAAACUGGUCUUGGUUUAUUCCCACUUACCUUUGACUGGAUGCAAGUUGCUGGUUACAUUGGUUCCCCAUUGAUUCCACCUGCAGGUACCAUUGGUUCCAUUUUGCUUUCUAUGGUGAUUAUCUUUUGGGUUGUUGUUCCAGGUCUUUACUACUCUAAUACCUGGUACGCCAAGUACUUGCCAAUUUCAUCUUCUGGUUCAUUUGACAGAUUCCAAGAAACAUAUAAUGUUCACAAGAUUAUUAAGCCAGGUACUUUAACUUUUGACAAGAAGGCUUAUGAAGCUUACUCUCCAUUGUUCUUGUCUACUACUUUUGCCAUUUCUUAUGGUUUAUCUUUUGCUUCCAUUUUGGCCACCUUGGUUCACACUGCUUUGUUCCACGGUAAGGAUAUCAUUGCUCAACUCCAACAAAGAGAAAAGAGAGAUGUCCACAACAGAUUGAUGGCUAGAUACAAGGAAGUCCCAGAAUGGUGGUACGCCAUUGUCUUUGUUAUUUUCUUUGCUAUGGCCAUUGCCACCAUUGAAGGUUGGGAAACUGAAUUCCCAGUCUGGGCUCUUGUUGUCGCUCUUCUUAUUGCCAUUGUCUUUUUACUUCCAGUUGGUGUCAUUUUCGCUCUUACCAACAUGGCUGUUGGUUUGAAUGUUGUCACUGAAUUCAUCAUUGGUUACAUGCUUCCAGGUAAGGGUCUUGCUAUGAUGUUGUUCAAGACCUUCGGUUACAUUACCAACUCUCAAGCCAUUUACUUUGUUCAAGACAUGAAAUUGGGUCAUUACAUGAAGUUGGCUCCAAGACUUUUGUUUACCGUCCAAAUGAGUGCUACUAUUUGGGGUUCCAUUGUUCAAAUUGCUGUUUUGCGUUGGUCUUAUGGUGCCAUUGAAAACCUUUGUCAACCAGACCAAGCUUCUCACUUCACUUGUCCAAACGGUAAGGUUUUCUUCAAUGCCUCCAUUAUUUGGGGUGUCAUUGGUCCACAAAGACAAUUCUCUUCUGGUCAACUUUACUACGGUUUGCUUUUCUUCUUCCUCAUUGGUGCCUUACUUCCAGUUGUGAACUGGCUCAUCUUGAAGAAAUGGCCAAACUCCCCAAUCAGAUGGUUGAACUGGCCUGUCUUCUUCUCCGGUACUGGUUACAUUCCACCAGCAACCCCAUACAACUAUGGUGCCUACUGUAUGGUUGGUUUAAUCUUUGGAUGGUGGAUUAAGAAGAAGUACUUCCAUUGGUGGGUCAAGUACAACUACUCGUUGUCCGCUGGCCUUGACAUUGGUUUGGCUUGGUCUUCAUUGAUCAUUUUCUGUUGUCUCAGUUUAACCAAUACUGAUGCUCCAGUAUGGUGGGGUAACACUGUUUUUGCCGACACAGUUGAAGGUCAAAACAUUGCUUGGAUUCACACUCUUCUCCCUGGUGAAUCAUUUGGACCAGCUAAGUGGUAAAUUGGUAC